CUGCGACUCGGCGUGGUUGAGUGCAAGCAAUGACAUUCCCUUCAGCCGCCCACCCAGCUUCAUAGAGAUAUUGGGUCUCUGCGACGACAAUGGUCACGCCAUACUGUUCAAUAGCGUAAAGUAG